ACUGUGCGUGAGAUCUGCGAUGUAAUUCGGUUCGGGCCCCGGCUCAUCAGAGUAGAUAAGUUUCGCUCUGUUUUCUCUUAUCUAUCUUUUGCGCCGCACAGAGACCCUAUCUGUUGUGAUAACAUCGAAGUGAGGUAACAAUUUGCUUUUUUGCAGUGAUCUCAUAAUCAAUAUAUAAUUUAACAUCAAGGUUAGAAACAGGUGUACAAAGUUCGGUCGCUAUGGCUGCGUUGAAAAAUACCAAGAAUAUUAAACUUUUCACCUUUUUGGCUUCGAAAUGUAAUCCCCAAAUGAACGCAAGAAGAUUUUUGAAUCUGCAAGAGUACCAUAGCAAAGAUUUAUUAAGAAAGCAUCAGGUAUCCGUUCAGGACUUCCGUAUUAUUGACACCAAACUAGAUCCGAAACCGCUCGGCGACUUCAAAGCUGAUGAGUACGUGGUGAAGGCUCAGAUCCUAGCCGGUGGGCGAGGCAAAGGUCAUUUCGAUAAUGGAUUUAAAGGGGGAGUUCAUCUGACCAAAAAUCCUAAAGAAAUUAUGGGAUUAGCAAAAAAUAUGUUGGGUCAUAAAUUAAUUACGAAACAAACGCCAAAGGAAGGAAUAAAAGUCGAGAAAGUAAUGGUGGCUGAGAGUGUAAACAUCAAACGUGAGACAUACUUGAGCAUAAUAAUGGACAGGAGUUUCAAUGGUGCAGCUUUGGUGGCAUCUCCGGCAGGCGGCAUGGAUAUAGAGGCUGUGGCCGAGAAAACGCCCCAUUUAGUGAAGACUGUGCCUAUAGACAUAUAUGAGGGCAUUACUGAUACUGUGGCAAAUGAGAUUGCAGCUUUCUUAGAGUUCAAAGGUGAUCUAAAGAAGAAAUGUGCUGAGGAGAUAAAAAAAAUGUGGCAAUUAUUUACAAAGGUGGAUGCAACCCAGCUAGAAAUAAAUCCUCUAGUGGAGACAGAUGAUGGGCGAGUGGUCGCCGUGGAUGCCAAGAUCAACUUCGAUGACAAUGCCCAGUUCAGGCAGCAAGAGAUAUUUGCCUUGGAUGAUGAUUCUGAAUCUGAUCCUAGAGAGAAAGAAGCAGCUGCUCUCAACCUGACCUACAUAGACAUGGAUGGAAGCAUUGGGUGCAUGGUGAAUGGCGCUGGUUUAGCUAUGGCCACUAUGGACCUGAUUGCACUGAGUGGUGGCCAACCUGCUAACUUCUUGGACCUUGGAGGGGGCGUGGGCCAAGCACAGGUCUCGGCUGCCCUGAGGAUUUUGGAAUCAGAUCCGAAAGUGAAAGUUGUGUUUGUCAAUGUUCUUGCUGGCAUUGUGAACUGUGCUACAGUUGCCAAUGGAAUCGUAGCCGCUUGCAAAGCAAACCCUUCAAAGCAUCCCAUAGUCAUCAGGCUGCAAGGCACAAACUCAGCUGCCGCUCAGAAAAUCCUGCAGGAGUCCGGCUUGCCCCUGCACAUGAUCAACGACGCUGAUGAAGCCGCCAAAACCGCCGUGAGAUUAGCUAAGGAUAAGUAAAAAUGUUAACAAGCCAGAGCCACCUAUUGACACGUUUAUGCACAAUGUAAAGCAGGGUUUCUUAAAACUUACCAUAAUCAACCACUUUCAGUCCCGCAGACGCUUAUUAAACUUUAGCUGUUAAGUAUAAGAUUUUCUAAUAAGUUUUAGUUUUACAGUACUGAUCUGCGGAUCCGUGAUCCCAGGUGAAACAUACGUAAGCCUUUAGGGUCCAUGGACCCCAGUUUAAGGAACCCUGAUGUAUCAAGCAUUUGUCCUCCAAUGUAGUGAGACAUCUUUAUUUUGAUGUGUAUGAGUUUUCUUGUACAGGUUUAUAAUACAGGAACUGUUAUGUUAAUCAUAGUUUAUGUUAUGAGAUGUAUUACACCAUUUAACCAUUAAAUCAUUUUGAAGACUGAUUUGCUAACACAACACUAAAAUUGUACAUAUGUUUUUGUUUUUAUUGAAAAUCAAUGAAAUUGUCUUCCAUCUA